GUUAGACGGAAGGAAACAGUGCACUCUGCAGACUGCAAGAUCUUAUGAUGUUGAUGCUGGUGGAGGGGAAGCCAACAGAGUUGGCGAUGGUGGGUCAGAGGCAGGAGUAAAAGGGUGGACAGCUGGCAGGUCUAUGGUCUACUCCUCACCGACGCAUUGGAGGGAAGGAGGAACAGAUCAGCUGUGAGUGCAGCAGAUGAUAAAUCCACCUGGAGGUGGGGGCACAAUGGCACAAUCGGCGACGUCUGUGGCAUCCAUUGCUGCUACUCGUCAGCAUCUGCCACACAUUGCCGUUGCUUGCAGCACAUGCUCUCUGCUUCCCCGGAUCUCCAGGGCAGGGAAAGGUAGACGAGCUGUUAGCCGCGUCGAUGCUGUGAUUCUUUCGCUGUCUUGUAAUAACAACCACCGCCGCGGGGUUGGGCAUCAUCCGGCUGGCUAUGUGGUCGCACGUCAGCUGCACGAGUCGGCAGGCUGCAGGGUGGCAUGCAGGUCAUGGGAUGGCGGUUGCGGCACUAACAAUCGUCAGGACAACAAGAAAACCUGUCGGUCAGUGCGAGGGGUGCAAUCGACAGGCAUGUUUGUUGGGUUCCGGCGCACCAUUUGCUGCACCUGCCGGAUCACCGUUGACCGUGGUCCGGAACUGGGUGACAAGAAUGGCGUGUGUGACGUCUCGGGGAGGCGGAGGCCUCAUCAGAGUAUGGGCUCAAGAGCGGCGGCACUCUUGCGGAGUUCUAUGCUGGGUAGCGGUUCUUCCGUCCGGCUCUUGGGACAUACGACAGGGUUUUGCGGAGGCAGCAUAUGCAACAGGACUUUGAGAACUAUGAGCAGGAGGAGGAGGAAUGGAAAAGGAGAGGAUCUGUGUGGGAGCAGUCCUGUUAGAGCCGAUGCAAAACAGUCUGCAAGGGGUGGUGGACCUCCAUCCCGGCGGCGAUCCGUGGCGUUGACAACAACGACCGAUUCUCCUGCCUCCAAAGGGGACGGGAGAUCGCCUUCACAAUGGGGUAGUAUAGUGUCGAUGGAGUAUGCGGUAGUGGGUGUAGGUGGGUUGCUUUGCGCGGCAGGGCUGUAUGCAUUAUUCCGGGGCUUGGCAAGGAGUUUGGGGGGGAAGCGGGGAAAAGGUCAGGACGAGGAGGGGACGCCAGGACUGGGAAUCUUGGACAUGCCGCAGGCGGUUAAAGAACGGCUAUGGCGGAGCGAGUCCAUGGCAUCGCUCAACGCCAUGGCCAGCGAGCUGCGCGCAAAGAAGGUCGCUGACCUCAACGGUCGCAAUCUUGGGGAUGAAGGCGUCAAGUAUCUUGCAGAAUCAUUAGCGUUGAACCGGGUUGCAGCGCGCGUCGAUCUCUCGUCGAAUGGCAUUGGCGCAGAUGGUUUCAAGGCAUUGGCGUUCGCUCUUUCCGAGAACGACUUUUUGGAGCACCUAAAUGUCUCCGGAAACAGGGCUGCUGAUGAUGGGGCUAUGGAACUGGCCAAGGCUCUGGAGAAGCAUAGAGCGAUUCAACAUGUGGAUAUGAGCAGCAACAACAUCGGCAACGAUGGGGCCAUCGCGCUGGCGGAGGUUCUGAAAAAGAGCACUUCCAUCACCACGCUCGAGCUGAACAACAACGAGAUCGACUAUGACGGGUUCGUCGCGAUUGCCGGUGCUCUGGCCGUCAACACCUCCCUCAGGGCUCUGCAUCUCAAUGGUAAUUACGCGGGGAGCUUGGGCGCAGCGGCCUUGGCGAAAGGUCUUGCCGAGAACAAGUCCUUGAAGGAGUUGCACCUGAAUGGGAACUCCAUCAGCGACGAGGGUAUUCGCGUGCUAGUGACGGAGGGUCUCGCCUCUCACAAAGGAAAGAUCACAACCAUCGAUCUUGGCAACAACAGUAUCGGAUCGAAGGGCGCUCAUUACAUCGCGUCCUUCUUGCGCAAGUCCAAGAGUUUGCUCUGGUUGAAUCUCUACAUGAAUGACAUCGGGGACAAGGGAGCAGAGCGGAUGGGAGAUGCUUUGAAGAAGAAUAAAUCCCUCACCACCCUCGACCUUGGCGGCAAUAACAUCCAUGCUCAAGGCAUGGGCCACAUUGCGGAAGCGUUCAAGGAGAACAAGACCCUGACGACUCUCGAGCUCGGGUAUAACCCUAUCGGUCCUGACGGAGCCAAGGUGCUGUCGGAUGUGCUGAAGUUUAACGGAGCGGUGGAGACGUUGCGCCUGGGAUGGUGCAAGAUAGGUGUGAAAGGGGCAGAGCACAUUGCAGAUGCACUGAGGUACAAUUCCACCAUCAUGACGCUCGAUCUGCGAGCGAAUUCAUUGGGGGACGACGGGGUAGUGGCCCUGGCGCGGACGUUAAGGGUAGUUAACGAAACCCUUGUCACACUGGACUUGGGGUUUAAUGAGAUCAGGGAUAAGGGAGCCUACUCGAUGGCGGAGGCGCUGAAGGCCAACGGUCAGGCAGCUGUAAGCACCCUGAAUAUGUCGAGCAACUACAUCACCAAGUAUGGGGAGGUGGCGCUUAGUGAGGCCAGAGACAUUGUCAGCGAGAUGAAUGAUGGCAAAGAGGUUAAUAUCUUGUGGUAGCAGGGAAGCAUUCAAAAACACACCUGCAGUGCAUCGUCGGUCCAAUGUGCGGUUCAACUCCAUUUUUAGUUUCCUAACUCUCCUUGGUAUGAGGAGGCUGCAUAGAUAUAUAGGGAUGGAGGAGUCGGGCCUCUAUAGAGAGUGUUGGUCAUAAGCACCUAGAUUUUGUAGAGAAACGGUGCAAAAUGAGAGGAUUAGAUAUGUUGCGAGAUGAUAGGAGAAGAUGGAUGGUAUAAGUGUGUGUGUGUGUGUGUGUGUGUGUGUGUGUGUGUGUGUGUGUGUGUGUGUGUGUGUGUGUGUGUGUGCGUGCACGCUCACAUGGGUAGUGUUUUGCCAUGUUCACUGUACACACCUCCACAAAAGAAGCUCGACUGUGCGUGUGCUUGCGCAUGCGGACUGUGUGUGUGCGUGCUUGCUCAUGCGUAGUGUGUGUGUGUGUGCAUGUGUGGACGCAUUGUGUGUGUGUCCGUGUCUGCACAUAUAGUGGUGUGUGUGUGUGUGUGUGUGUGUGUGUGUGUGUGUGUGUGUGUGUGUGUGUGUGCAUGUGCGCAGGUGUAGUGUGUGUCCAUGGUGCUUGCGUUGGAGGCGAGAUGGGAGCUGGAUGGAUGGGCAGAGGAACAUACAGUCCUGUGUGGGCAAAGGAUGGGUAGCAUGCAGGUGAAAUUGGAGGGCAUGGCAGUCCCUCUUUUGUCUUGUUCGACUGUGCGCCUUGAUGGUGACUGCGUCUGAUCUUUUCUUCAAGAAGAGCAUUCAUGACUGUCACAGCCAUUGGUUCCCUUUUGGAUCAGCCCCGUAUUGGUCACCGAGGAGAAGGAGAGAUCAUGUCCUAGCAGGUAGUUUGCCUUGACUUGAGCAUGUCAUCAUUGUAAUGGCAACCUUUGCAUGAAUCUGCUUUCAGUGCUUACGGUUGCAAAAUGAACUCGAUGAUCAGGAUGAUGGCGGUGAUGGUGGCGUUUGAGAAAAAUAGAAUAGCAACUUGGCAAGUCUUCAACUACUGGUUGGAGUACCAAUCAAGACUAGACUGUUGU